AUGUCGGUCCUGCUCGAGACGAGCGCCGGCGAUAUCGUAAUCGAUCUGUUGACGGACUAUGCGCCAAAGGAAUGUGAAAACUUCCUGAAACUUUGCAAGUCCAAGUACUACAAUUUCUGCCCCGUGCAUUCCGUCCAACGAAACUUCUCGUUCCAGACAGGCGAUCCGCUCGGUCCGACUUCCGCCUCCUCUGAUGGCGGCUCAUCCAUAUGGGGCCUCGUCUCUGGACCCUCAAAGAAGACCUUUGAUACCACCUUACACUCGAAGCUGAAGCAUCUCGAGAGGGGCACUGUGUCCAUGGCCACCGCGCCACAUCCCUCCGAUCCUGAUGUACGAGUUGCCGGCAGCCAAUUCAUUGUCACGCUCGGCGACAACACGGAUUACUUGGAUGGCAAAGCUGCUGUAUUCGCUAAGGUUGUCGAAGGGUUCGAUGCUCUUGACAAGAUCAACAACGCCAUUACCGACAAAGAUGGGCACCCGCUGGUCGACAUACGCCUCAAGCACACAGUGGUCCUGGAUGACCCCUACCCAGAUCCGCCGGGGCUGAGGGCUCCCAGUCAGUCUCCACCCCCAUCCAAAGCCCAGCUCGCCACAAUCCGGAUCGCCGACGAUGAUGUGCUGGGUGAGGAGGUGGACGAGAACGUGGCAGAAAAGGCCCGCCGUGAGAGGGAGGCGCGCGCUCAGGCACUGACUCUGGAGAUGAUGGGCGACCUCCCCUUUGCUGAGGUUAAGCCGCCCGAGAACGUGUUGUUCGUGUGCAAGCUGAACCCGGUCACCACCGACGCCGACCUCGAACUGAUCUUCAGCCGCUUUGGCACUGUACUGUCUUGCGAGGUCAUUCGUGACAAGAAGACAGGUGACAGCCUGCAAUAUGCAUUCAUCGAAUUUCAGGAUAAGGGCGCCUGCGAAGCGGCCUAUUUCAAGAUGCAGGGCGUCCUCAUCGACGACAGGAGGAUACACGUCGAUUUCAGUCAGAGCGUAAGCAAGCUGGCCGAAGUCUGGAGGGGCGGUGAAAAUGCCAAGAGGAAAGGAAGGACCGGCGGCGGUGGCUGGGGCGGCGUGAAGGGCCUAGAAAAAUGGAGGAAGUACAGAGAAGAAGACGGCCGCGAGGUGGAUGAUCAUUACAGCAUGGUUUACGGAGAAGAAGAGAUGCGAGGUCGACACCAGCGGCAUCGGGACGGAAAGGGCCAGGCAGAGAACACGACCACAUUUCCGGACUCUAGCGUGAACCACGAACUCAGUCGCAAGCGAAGUCGCAGUAGGGAUCGAUACCAAGAACGUAAUAGACGUCACCAACACAGAGAACCGAGGCAGCGGAGCAAGAGUCCAAGCCGGCACAGGUCGUACGGCAAAGAGCGGUAUUCCGAACGCCGAAGCGAUAAUCUUCAGCACGACGAGCAGUACCGACGAAACCAACCCCGCGAUCGCGAAAGGGACCGAGACCGGGAUCGGGGCUACAACCGGUAG